CUAAUAGAAAUCAGCAAGACUGCAUGGUUGUAGUCACGUGAUACUGUCAACGUGCCACGUGACUAGGGCAUCAUGGCCGCGUUAGGCGACCCCUCACAACAAGGUGGUGCCGAGUACCUGGCGUCUAUUUUCGGUACAGAGAAGGACAAAGUGAACUGCUCGUUUUAUUUCAAGAUCGGAGCGUGUAGACAUGGAGACCGGUGCUCGAGGCUGCACAACAAGCCGACCUUUAGUCAGACGAUUUUGCUGGCUAAUCUCUACAUCAACCCAAAGAACAUCACAACCACUGAUCCUGCAGCAAUUCCUAACAUGACGGAAGAAGAACUGCAGCAACAUUUCGACGAAUUCUUUGAGGAUAUUUUUCUUGAACUCGAGGAGAAGUACGGUCCCAUAGAUGAAAUGAACAUUUGUGACAAUCUGGGUGAUCACCUCGUUGGGAACGUCUACAUCAAGUUUCGACACGAGGAAGAUGCUGAGAAGGCAGUGGCUGAACUAAACAAUCGCUGGUUUGGAGGUCGUCCAAUUGUCGCCGAGCUGUCUCCUGUGACUGAUUUCCGAGAGGCUUGCUGUCGACAAUAUGAAAUGAGUGAGUGCACUCGUGGUGGUUUCUGUAAUUUCAUGCAUCUCAAACCAAUUUCUAAAGACCUUCGACGCAAACUGUUUGGUAGUCGUCCAAUGCGUGGGCGAGGCCGGGGAGGUCGAGGGGGUCGCUUCAAUCAUUCAAGAUCAAGAUCACCAAAGAGACGUUCUAGAUCUCGAUCUCCAGCUGAUCGAGGCAAUCGACGAUAGUGUGGAUUAUUGAUGGUUUGUCAGUGCUGUGAUGUGUGUCUUGCAUUGCGUAUUGGUAGUUGACUAGAGCUGUAGAGGUGGUGACUGAAUAUGUGGGUUGCUCACUGUGACAGUUACAUGUUGAAGAUGACAGGAGAUAA